AUGGCUUUUCAAUCCCCAGUGGGCCCCGAGCCCGACCUCGACCCUUGCGGGCCAAAUGGACCUCCCACCACUGCAACCCGCAUCGACUUCUCGCAGACUCCUCUGGCAGAGGACUACGGCUCCUACUUUGCCAUGGUUCUCGACAACCUACUUACCCCCGAAGAGUGCGCUGCCCUCCAGGCAUCCGCUGGAGACAACUGGCAGUCUCUGAGCAAAGGCGAAUCGUUCCGCGAAUGCCAGCAGAUCCUGUCCUUCUCACCACGCUGGUCUGCGGCGCUUUACGAACGCAUAGCGGCGCAUCUACCCGAUGAGGUGAAAGCCUUGAGGAAGGGUAGUGAGCUCGCUGCGAAUGUAGCUGGUGCAUCCCACCUCAAGGCGAACAUGGGCGCCAAGAAGACGGUGUGGAGGCUGAAGGGGGCGAACGAGCGAUUGAGCUUCUUGCGGUACAGACCGGGCCACUUCUUCAAGCCGCAUUGCGAUGCUCUGUAUGGCCGAGAGGGCAAGGACGAGAAAAGCUUCCUCACUUGCCAGAUCUACCUUAACGAUGCUCCGGAGGGUGGUGAUGGAGGUGCUAGUGGAGGAGGCGAGACAAGGUUCUGGGCGAGUCAGGUAGGCAAGAGGCGGAAGGCUAGAGAUGGUAAUGAUACCCAGCCUGAUGACGACAAGAACGAUAUGCCAUUCUUAGAUGUGAAGCCGAAGGUCGGCAGGGCCGUCGUGUUCCAGCAGCGAAUGCUAUGGCAUUCGGGACAGGAGGUCAAGAAUGGCGAGAAGUUCACCGUACGGAUGGAUUUGAUGUUUGAGCGGCACUUUGAGAAGAUGUAG